CCAGUGUAUGCAGGGCUCUGGCUGAGGGGCCCGCCUGCUGCCGCUUCUCCUCUGCAGACUUCAGGAUUGGCUGCGCUCUGCUUCUCAUCUCCACCGCAGGAUACUGACGGUCCAUGGAGGAUUAUUAGCCGAUCCAGUCUUUAUCAGCUGCAUGUGGCUGCUGUUUGCAUUUUGCCUUUUUAUGAGGAAUGAACUGAGGUGCUGCUUCUACUGUCUUCUGAAUAUACUGCUAAUUCUUCUAUGGACACAGAUUGAAGGGCAGAGUCCAGUGCAGAUAGAGUCCAGCUAAGAGCAGAAGAUGCCAGCCCCACCUCCCCCACCUCCCCCUGGGCCUCCCCCUCCUCCCACUUUCGCUGUUGCUAACACAGAGAAGCCCAAUCUGAACCGAUCAGAGCAGUUGGGACGGGGGGCUCUUUUGUCCGAUAUUUGCAAAGGCGCUAGGCUAAAGAAAGCCGUUACAAAUGACCGCAGCGGACCUCUUUUGGACAGCAAACCAAAAGGAGGUGGUGGAGGAGGAGGAGGUGGUGGAGGAGGAGGAGGAGGAGGAGGAGGAGGAGGUGGUGGUGGUGGUGGAGGAUUUGGCGGCGGGUCUCCUGCUGGUUUAGGGGGCCUGUUUGCAGGAGGGAUGCCCAAACUGAGGUCUGCAGCAAACAGAGACAACGAGUCUGGACCCAGUCGAGGACCUCUUCUCCCUCCAGGAGGCCGUUCUGGUGGACCCAGCCCUUUCGGUGGCGGCGGCAGUCCGUCUGGACCCCCCAAACUGCCAGGUGCUCCUCCUGUUCCUCGUGGCGGGGCCCCUGAUCUCCCUAAAGGCCGUCCAAGUUUCUCAUCCAGACAAGACACUCCAGGUGGACCCCCUCCCCCGGUACCCAGCACACCCAGACCACCCCAGAGCCACUCGUCUCGUGGGGGCCCCCCUCCACCAUCUCUACCUGGAGGACCAAGGCCCAGUCAUGGCAGCGCACCGUCGCCACCCAGCGUACCUCCAGCGAGACACGCAGCCUUUCCUCCCCCACCAGGGGGCUCCUCUGGGCCUCGGUCGAACUUCUCCGCGCCUCCUCCCCCGCCUUCAAACAGCAGCCGACCUCCAUUACCUCCAGCUCCAGGAGGGAGGCCCCCGCUUCCUGACGACCGACCUCCUCCACCACCAGCUCCUGGGGGUAAUCGACCGUCGAUGCCCCGCGACAUGCCCCCUCCGCCCCCAUCUGUCAACUCCAAACCCUCUUCCUCGCCUUCCUCAUCCGGUCGCUCCUCAUCCGGAGGGGGGGUGCCCCCUCUGCUACCGGGACGGCCGGGCCCUCCUCCUAUCCCACCCAGCCAGGGAGGAGGGGAUGAUCAGAACACACCUCGACUGCCUCAGAGGAACAGCUCGCUCAACAGCCAUGCUCCGGCUCCCCCUCCUGGCCGAUCAGGACCCCUCCCUCCUCCUCCAAAUGAGAGACCGCCAUCUGUUGGAAGGAACCAGCCCUCUCCACGCUCAGGUCCUCUUCCUCCUCCGCCUCCUUCAGGUCGCAACAUGGGCGGAGGCAGCAUCAGGUCAUCGCCUGCACCGCCUCCUGUCGGUCGGCCAGGGCCGGAGCCUCCUCGUGGAGGGCAUGGGGGGCGACCUCUCCCGCCACCAGACAGACCCGGGCCUGGAGGGGCUCUUCCACCUCCACCACCUAUAGGAAAUGGAUUCCAGAACUCUCACCACAACCAAAUGCAAGAUGAGUUUGAGUACAGAUUCACUUUUCAUCCAGUGUCGGACUUUCCUCCGCCCGAUCCCUAUGUACCCUUCCAGAAGAUUUACCCCAGCAAGAUUUCCAAGAAUGAGAGCAAAGGUCCUGGUAAAAAGGAGCGAGGAGCUCCUCCCCUUCCUCCAAUACCCAGGUGAAGAAAAGAUGGCCUCCAUCACAACACUUGGUCCUACCACCUCUUCUUUUCUUCCUAUUUCUCAGUUACGCUCAUUGCUCUUUGACCGCAUGCAUGUCGAUCAUGUGAGAAUCGCAAAAGAGGGGAAAAAAGGACCUUCAGUCUUGUGGAGUUUACAUCAUGUGGCUCUGCAGCAGGGAACUGGGGAUCUGCAAGGAGCCAAAACUGUUUAUAUUGUGGUACAACUGUGUUCUGGAGAAAAUGCUUUCUUUAUUUUUAAAGUUUACAACCAUGCUAUUUCUGGAGGAUGUGUUUGGUGUCAAAAUGCUCAAAAUCAGAUCCAUCUUAUCUGUUUUUUUGUUUUCUUAAUCAAAUAAAAUUUAGCCCAUUUCCUUUUUUUCAGGCAAUACAACAACUGAUUUGUAUAUUUUUAUAGUUUUAUAAAAAAGCCAAGCCUUUUGAGAAGAACAAAGAUACUGAUCUUUGUGCUCUCAUAAAGGGAAUUACCUUGUUUAUAUCAAAAUUUUCAUUUUGGUUGAAACAGUAGAAUUAAAUGCUGUAUAACUGUCUGAACAUUUCAGAUAAACAAUCAAGGUGGCUUAGAUACAGCAACAGUACAAAAGAUGGACAUUAAGCUGUCUCUCCCUUUCAGAAGAUGCAUGCUUUCUAUGCCAAAGCCAUGUGUGCCUUCACAGCAUGAAUGUAGACUUUCCUUUUUUUUACCAACCAGUUUUUCUCUGCUGGAACCUCUUAGCGGUACGUUUUAAUUGAUUAUGCAAGGAUGUUCAGCUCGAUGUGCUUUAAAGGACAUUUCCGUGGGGUUAUUGCAGCAUCCAUGUGCAGUCACGCUAAAUAUUGUGUUUCUGUUUUUUUUUUAAGUUCUCUUGUUGCACAGCAAAGAGUCAGUGGAUGUAUCUAUGAUUUAACCAGCUGAUACUGGAUUAUGGGAUAAGUUAUGAUUGCAGUAUUAGGUUUGCUUUUAUGUUCUGCUUUGUUUUUUGUUAAAUAUUUCUGUAAGGCAAUCGUACAAUAGUAAAACUAUUUACUUUAAAAAGGCUUUAAAAUGCUUUACUUAAAAAUACUUUGAGUUAAAAGGAGGGCAGGGGGAUUUUAUUGAGUUAUGCAUCAGUUUCCUAAGCAAUAUGACUUUUGGAAACGGAUAGGACACGGUGAACUGAGGUGUCUACAAGAUAAACCAGAUUUUAUCACAUUAACCAUAUUAUUCAUUUACAUCACUGUGCAAUAAAAAGGACAUUAAAUGUA